CGUACUACAUGUUUCACCGCACACUUUGUUCUUCAUCCACACGCAUAUUUAACAACCAUUUCCUCACAUUCUUUUCCUACCAAGACCACUUCCCACGUAAAAAAACCUUGAUUCUAAGAAUGGCUUCCGGUGAUCAGAAAUUUCCUCCUCAACAACAAAAAACACAACCCGGCAAGGAGCAUGUUAUGAAUCCAGUACCCCAGUUCACUAACCCUGAUUACAAGUCUGCAAAUAAACUUCAAGGGAAGAUUGCAUUGAUCACUGGGGGGGACUCAGGGAUUGGACGAGCAGUGUGUAACUUGUUUGCUCUAGAAGGUGCUACUGUGGCCUUCACAUAUGUGAAGGGUCAUGAGGACAAGGACGCGAGGGACACCCUUGAAAUGAUCAAGAGGGCCAAGAGCAAUGAGGCCAAGGAUCCAAUGGCCAUACCAGCUGAUUUGGGUUAUGAUGAGAAUUGCAAGAGGGUGGUUGAUGAGGUUGUGAGUGCGUUUGGACGCAUUGACAUUCUGAUCAAUAAUGCAGCUGAGCAAUACGAGUGUGGAACUGUGGAGGAGAUAGAUGAGCCUAGGCUUGAGAGGGUCUUUCGAACUAAUAUCUUCUCCUAUUUCUUCAUGGCCAGGCAUGCCUUGAAGCACAUGAAGGAAGGAAGCAGCAUAAUCAACACUACAUCAGUGAAUGCAUACAAGGGAAAUGCCAAACUGCUGGACUACACUUCUACAAAGGGAGCAAUUGUGGCCUUUACAAGGGGUCUUUCCCUUCAGCUGGUUAGUAAGGGAAUUCGGGUCAAUGGGGUGGCUCCUGGGCCCAUUUGGACUCCCUUAAUACCGGCCUCUUUCAAGGAGGAGGAAACGGCCCAAUUUGGUGGGGAGGUGCCAAUGAAGAGAGCUGGCCAGCCCAUUGAGGUUGCUCCCUCUUAUGUCUUUCUUGCCUCCAACCAAUGCUCCUCUUAUAUAACUGGACAAGUCCUUCACCCCAAUGGUGGAACCGUUGUGAAUGGUUAAACCCAGGAUAAAUAUAUGGGACAAGGUAGUAUGGUGGAAGUUACGUUUUGUGUGAACGUGUUACGGUAUGUGUUAAUGUGCAACUCACUCAGCUCCUCCUCUGUACUGUUAGAGGAGGGACUUGGAGGAUUAUCAUCUUUUGAAUAUGCCUAAGAAAAUGUGUCUUUGUAGCGAAGUAUAUGUAAGAGAGUACUAGUAUAUAAUAAAGAUCAGUAUGUAUUGAGAUUUAAAUAUAUCUUGUUAUAGAUUUAUGUGUUA